AUAGACAUGAAGACCAUUUCUAUCCUGCUGUUCGCCGAGGCUGUCCUGGGAGCUCGCCUCACCCAACACCGUCGCCAGAACCACGCAAAGCGCGCUCUCUCCCGCACAUCUGGACCAAGGAGAGUGGACGGCCUUACCAACACGACGAACACCGCGUACUCGGACAACUGGGCUGGAGCCGUCAUCACCACCACAGAUGUCUCUGAAGUCACGGCUAUCAUCACAGUGCCCAGCGUCUCGGCCCCUUCCGGCAGCAGCAGUUCAGAGUAUUGCGCAUCUGCUUGGGUGGGCAUCGACGGCAAUUCCUGUGAGACUGCCAUUCUCCAGACUGGAGUCGAUUUCUGUUACGAGCACGGUAGCCCGUCAUAUGAUGCCUGGUAUGAGUGGUAUCCUGACUACUCUUACGACUUUGACUUAACCGUGUCCGAGGGCGAUGUUCUCAAGUUGAGCGUCACUGCAACCUCGGACACAUCUGGCACUGCGGUCAUCGAGAACCAGACCACCGGAAAGUCUGUUACCAAGACUUUCAGCGGCAAUGUGCAGGGAGACCUUUGCAGGACUGACGCCGAGUGGAUCGUUGAAGAUUUCGAAGAGGGCAGCUCUCUGGUGGCCUUUGCUGAUUUCGGCACUGUUGCCUUCUCCAGCGCGACCGCUACAGCAGGCGGCGGCACACUCAGCCCAGACUCCGGCUCUACCAUUGAUAUCAGGCAAAACAACCAGGUUCUCACCUCGUGCUCCACCUCCAAUGACGCGGUGACCUGCACGUACGAGUAG